UUGCUGCUUUUAUCCAUAAAAAAUGUUAGAAUCUUUUUCUUCAAAUCUCUUCAGCGCUUGCCAGUCUCAGCACAUUUUGCAUUAUAUAAUUCUCAGCAUAUAUAUCUACUCAGUGGCAGCCUACUUUCUCUAGCUCUAACCCUAUAGAGAAAAAGAUUCUGUUUUUGUUGUGAUGAAGGAGAAACAGAACAUGUUUUUUCUGGGAUUUUUACGUAAAAUUGUUUUCAUGACAAUGAUAAUUUUGAUAUUUGUGGCAACUUUCUAUAAUGGGGUAGAGGGUGAGGGUCUUGAUCGUCGCCCUCAUCGAAUUCUAGUGGAUACAGAUAUGGAUACUGAUGAUUUCUUGGCUCUUUUCUACCUUUUGAAGCUUAACCGGUCCGAAAUGGACUUGAAGGCAGUGACUAUUAGCACGAAUGGAUGGACUGAUGCAGGGCAUGCUGUAAAUCAAGUGUAUGACAUGCUUUACAUGAUGGGGCGUGACGACAUUGCUGUUGGUGUGGGAGGAGAAGGAGGAGUACUUCCCAAUGGUACCAUUCUGCCAAAUGUUGGUGGAUAUCUCCCUAUAAUUGAUCAGGGAAAUGGAACGGCUGGAUAUUGUAGAUAUAGACAAGCUAUACCUAUGGGUCUAGGAGGACGUUUGGACAUCGACUCAAACUAUGGGUUCCGAAAGAGCUUCCUUCCACAGGGCAAGAGACAGUAUUCACCUCUUCAACAGCCAACAGCUCAGCAAGUAAUGAUCAAAACAAUUUCAUCUGGUCCAACCGUAGUUUUUCUCGUUGGAUCACAUACAAAUUUUGCACUAUUUCUGCUAAGUAAUCCACAUUUGAAGAAAAAUGUUGAGCACAUUUACAUAAUGGGAGGUGGUGUAAGAUCACAAAAUCCAACAGGUUGCUGUCCUAAGAAUUCCAACUCUUCUUGCCAACCUCGACAGUGUGGUGACCGUGGCAAUUUAUUCACAGAUUACACAAGCAACCCUUAUGCAGAGUUCAAUUUGUAUAUGGAUCCUUUUGCUGCUUAUCAGGUGAUUCAUUCUGGUAUUCCAGUUACUCUUGUCCCAUUGGAUGCCACAAACACCAUUCCGAUAACUGAACAGUUUUUCAAGACUUUUGAGAAGAAUCAGCACACCUAUGAGGCACAGUACUGUUUCAAGUCCCUGAAAAUGGCUCGUGAUACUUGGUUUGAUGACGAAUUCUACAAGAGUUUCUUUAUGUGGGACUCAUUUAUGUCGGGUAUAGCUGCUUCAAUCAUGAGGAAACGGCACAACCACCGAGGAGAAAAUGAAUUUGCAGAAAUGGAGUUUAUCAAUAUUACUGUGGUUACUUCAAAUAAACCAUAUGGUAUAUCUGAUGGAUCAAAUCCCUUUUUUGAUGGCAGUAGAACUCCCAAGUUCACCUUAGAAAGAAAUGGAGUUCACAGUGGUCAUGUUCAGACUAGACUUCGUGAUCCAUUUUGCAUAGUCAAGAAUGGGAGGGGCAGAUGCCAGGACAGUUAUACAAAAGAAGUUGUUGGACCUGGAGGAGUGCCUGUUCUUGUUGCUGUUAAAGCGAAGCCUAAUCAAAAUGCUAACAGUGUACUAGACAGAGAAUUUUAUGUUAGCUUUCUGGAUGUCUUAAACCAAAGAGAAAACACUGGAAGAUAUAACUUUUCUACGCAAUUCCCUUAUUACAAAGAAGUACUUUACAAACCAGAUUUUAGAGGCAAGCAUCUUGGGAAGAAUGUUGUGUUUGAUAUGGAUAUGAGUGCUGGAGAUUUUCUAGCUCUCUUUUAUCUCCUUAAGUUACCAGUAGAAGAAAUCAAUCUCAAGGCUAUAAUUGUGAGUCCAACUGGCUGGACCAAUGCUGCAACAAUUGAUUCUGUGUAUGAUUUGCUUCAUAUGAUGGGUCGUGAUGACAUUCCCGUGGGCCUUGGAGAUGUGUUCGCAAUGAACCAGUCCGAUCUUGUUUUCUCUGCAGUUGGUGAAUGUAAGUACAACAAGGUUAUCCCACAAGGUAGUGGCGGAUUUCUCGACUCGGACACUCUUUACGGAUUAUCUCGUUCUUUGCCUCGAAGUCCUCGCAGAUACACAGCUGAAAAUUCUGUGAAAUUUGGAGCUCCCAGGGAUACUGAUCAUCCUGAACUCAGACAACCUCUAGCACUAGAAGUAUGGGAGUCAGUGGUGAAAUCACUCGAUUCAGGAUCCAAAGUUACCAUUUUAACUAAUGGCCCAUUGACCAAUAUAGCGAAGAUUCUUCUUGCAGGCAACAAUUACACCAAGGCAAUCCAGGAUAUACUAAUUGUUGGGGGACACAUCAAUUAUGACAACACUGAGAAGGGAAAUGUGAUCAAUGUUCCUUCAAAUAGAUUUGCGGAAAUGAAUAUGUUUCUUGACCCUCUGGCUGCACAGACAGUUUUGAGUUCAGAACUUAAUAUCACUCUCAUUCCACUUGGCAUACAGCGGAAAGUCAGUGUAUUUCCUAAAAUUCUUGAACAACUUCAUCUUACUAUGGGGACGCCUGAAGCAAUCUUUGCAAGGCGUUUACUGUCAAGGUUACACCACCUGCGAAAAAUACAUCCUAGAUACCAGCAUAUGGAUACAUUUCUUGGAGAAAUCCUUGGAGCAAUAGUUUUGGCUGGUGAUUAUUCUGUACUAAAAUCUACAUUUGCUGUCAAGAACAUAAAAGUCACUGCUGCAGGAGUUGAAUCUGAAGAUGGACAGAUAACAAUCGACGAAAAGCAAGGAAAAUCAGUGAAAGUAUUGCAGAAUCUGGAUCAUUUAGAUUAUUACAAUAUUUUUGCAAAUCGACUAAGUGAUGAAAAGCAGUCUGCUGUAGUUGGAAGCUUUAUGGAGCAGAGUAGAAUUUGGAGCACACCAUCUAAUUAGAGACAAAACUGCCCAUUACUCUUCUACUCUUUCUUUUCCCUUCUCCUAAUUUUACUUUCUUUUUAGUUUUUAAGUUUCAUGUAGGUGAUUCUUUUCGCAUAUUCUAAUUCUUGAAAACAAUUGUAACUUGCACAAAAUCUUAUUGUAAUUGUACUGUAUGGUUUCAAGGUGACAAUUGUAAUGAAGACAUUAAGUUC